AUAUAACAUUUUCCCAAUGUUGUUCUCAUUUCGGCAGUUUAGCGGAAUGUUUAAACACGAGAGAAGCUGACUAAUGUGGUGUCGUUUAUCCGAUAAACAACAACGGGCCACUCGACCCGUCUCUGUUGAUAGGAAAUCAACCAGAAGCAGAAACAGACCACAGCAGUGGCGGAGUGAGACAUUGGUCGGAAUGCAGCCGCAGCAGCAGCGCUCAACAUCAUUUCCCAACCGAUUUCAAUUGAAUUUCCCGGGCGUAUAUAGUGUCGUCUCAGUAUAGAAAUCUCAAUUCAAACGGGACGGAAGGGAGCAGCGUGUUCUUCUCUCUUUCUCUCUGUUAGGCAACGGCACGAGUUUCAAGGUCUCUGCAGCGUUAUUCCUCUGGAGGGUGAGUGUGUUGUUUACAUUCGACUCGGCGCCAUCUCGGCAAUAAAACAGCAGCAGCUAGCGUCUAGACUAUUUCCAUUCCCAAACGGAAUUCUAUGGUCGAACAGCGGUCCUACAGCAUAUAUGUACGGUUUCACGACCCACUUUCGUUGCCAGUCACGUUCAGCGUUACGCCAAGCUCAAUCCAGCCAUCUGUCUCUUCAGUAGCAGGGAGAUUUGCAUUUCUAUUCAAAGGAUUGACUUUCACUACAAGAAUUUUUUAAUCCAAUCCAUUUGAAAAUGGCCGAUUCUGAUGUUUCCAAAUCUGGUGAAAAGGAAGACAACGCAGAAGAAAACCAAUCUGAGCACUCGUCCAUCAAAACCAUCAUAGUGUCACACGCUCUGGCCGCAGUGGCUAAAGUCGUUGGCGAAGAUGAACUGGCCAAACAGUGCUUGGAGGGUGGCAGCAACACGGAAACACCGGAAGAGGCACCAACCGAUGAUGAAGUCAAAGACAAACACGACACUCAAGUCGUCGAGAAAGAAGAAGAAGAAGAAGUCAAAUCAGAUGUUCGAUCGACGGUCGUUCACGCCGCCGGGGCUGUUGGGGGACUUUUGGGCGGGUCAAUCGGAGCGGCUGCAGCGGGUGCCAUUGUCGGAGUCGUUUGUGAUGUGACCACGGCCAUCGUCACAGGCGGAGAAGAAAUGACUGGCAUUUGUGAAAUCAUCAAAGAUCCAACUAACAAGGAAGCCUGGGUCGACGGAGUGUCGAGUGUCGUCAGCGACGGACUGGCAGGAGUCGCUGGGGGCCAUCAGACGGAAACUCCGGCGCAAACUGAAUCCGCAACUGAUGAGCCAACAGAAAAACCCAAAGAAGAAGAAAAACCAAAAGUCAAGUCAGCACCAGAACCGAAAAAGAGUUUCAAAAAGAAGAGCAGUAAAAAGUCGAUGGAUGUCGAUACAGAUCCAGCAGACCAAGACCUUGUGCGCAUCUACGACAUUUCCCCACAGACAAUGAGGAAGGUCCUGAAAGAGGCCGGAAUCGCUCUGCCGGAUUAUCAAGGCGGUCGAUCAGCGUCUGACCUCGUUGAAGAAUUACAGCGACUGAUAGAAACGACUAAAAACGGGUCGUUCAUUUUGCCUUCCUAUUUCCAAUUUUUCGACAGUCUGCACGAACUGGUGACUGUCCAUAAGGCGACGAUCGGCAACACGAGUCCGUCGUCCAUCACGCUCACCGUCGCUUCGGCAUCUGUGUGCUUUGAUGAAACUCUGAAACGCUUCAUAACAAAUCUCCUCCUGCCCAUUCACGCCACCAACAAAGUCCCGCUGGAAGAAGUGGCCAACGACAAGAAAUUCCACUGCAUCUACCGAUUUCGCUGCACCGUUUGCGCCCGCCAGGGGAAGGAAUUCAAUAGCGUCGGUCGAUCAAAGAAUUUCAAGCCCCGGUUCGAGAGCCACACGGGAAAAACGUUGCGGGAUUGGAUGGAUCGCGAGGAGAGGAUGUCGGCCCUGCAGAAAGGAAAUCUACUCAAAGGAUUCGCCCGCAAAACGUCGUCUGCUCUGUAUGACCAUCCAUCGCACAGUCACCCCGACGUGGCAAAGUUUAGCGACGUGCUCGAAAUGGACGUGGUCCACCGUUUCUCCGACAGCGACAAGGACAAAACGAUUCGGAGCAGCUGGGAAUUGUUCAACCAGUGGCUCUUUAAAUCAACUGAAAACGAAACUGACGGCGGCCCUUGAGUGCUGAUUCCCAAAUAACGUUGACGUUCUCAAAUUAGCUUUUUCUGUUUUGAUGCGGCCAUUUUUUCGUUUCUUUGCUCAUUUCAUUUUUCGCUUCAAUAAACCGAGACAUUUUCCCUUAAA